AUGCCCGACGCCACACUUCCAACCCUUGAAACCGAACACGUUUUUUCUAUUGUUGAAGACGAAGUUGUUGGAGAUGCGCUGAAGAAGCAACAGAACGAGACGGAGGUGGAAUAUCAAAAACUGAAAAAAGUGAAGUUUCAUCUUGAUACGUUCGCGCGUCUUUGUCUCCGAAGGGGACUCACGGACGCGCUCAAGGAAAUCAGACUCAUUCUUGAACAAGGGUUAGAGUUUGUCUCGGCAAUGGUUGAGGAACAAUGUGAUGAACCUGUACGGACGGCGUCAGUUCGAACACAAGAAGAUCGCUCGUAA